AUGGAAACGGCGGACCCAGCAUUCACUAACGGACAGCUGGCUCGCAUUUCACAGGCGCUCCUCGAAGGCGUUGUGGGUGGCAUGGUGGCCGAUUUAGAUGAUGCAACGUGUUAUAUGGGGUUUUCCCUGCUGCAGUACUUUGAAGAUGCACAAAAGUUGCGACAAGCCACCCUGGAGGCAUUGGAUAUUCUGGUACAGUCUCGUUUCGUGACAGUGGAGUGGAAAUCAGGGCAUACACAGGCACGUGAAGGGCUCAGUAAAAGUCCAAACAUUCUCCCAAACACUGCCGCAAUACCUAUUGUCGGAGGAGAUCGAAUUACACGCACAAACAUGAGUAUGAAAUCAAAUGAAGAAACAAACCCGCCAGCGCAACCGUACAUAAGCAUGCAGGUGUAUGCGACCGGAGGGGAGGGGAUGAGUUUGCAAUCCACGCAUCUCGGACGAGCGUGUGUGGCGAGUGCCUUAGCGCCUGGAGAAUCGCAUUUGGUGUUCAAGGAUUUGGACAACGCAACCAAGGCAUUGGCGCUGGAAACGGAACUGCAACUGUGCUAUCUGGUAGCACCUCCGUACAACAUGUACAGCACAGAGCAACAACACAACAAGUGGCAAGCCCUGGUCACCGCUUUAGGAGUGCCAAACAAUCAGGUGUACCUCAGAGUGCUCCACAACAUCGGUAUCAAUCCAGACAGCCUCAUCCGGUGGUCACAGAGGGGAGAGUCCGCCGCAGAGAAGAGAGACCCAUCCGAGGAACUAGCGCGUGCACGACGGCUGUAUAUUGCCUAUGCCAUGAGCAUGAUUGUCAAGGAAGAGCCUAUCGCAAACAUCUCACGGCUGCCUGCACGUCUGUCCUUUGGCGUCACGCAGGAGUUGUAUAAACUCACAUCCAUACCAGGCAUCAACGGAGCCGAUGCACGAGCAUUGUACAACCACGGGUACAAGGAUUUGCGAGACAUUGCAUCUGCACGUCCCAAAGCAAUCGCAGAUGUACUAUGGAAUGCCAAGCCUUUUCGCACCGAUUCGUCCGUGUCCGAGACUCAAGUGCAGCGAUUGCCCAAGCACAUUGAGAAUGAGAAGAAGCGGUUGCUGGUCAGAGCUGGGCAGAUGCAAAAGGCUGCGAAUCAACACUUUGCAGCGGAGUUGGAGAUCAUUUCACAACCCAACGGACCGAGGGAUAAGACACCCACGCCUCUGCGAAUGGAGAGUUCUCUUCAAAGUCGGACCAGUUGGAUCAAACCUACUCCAGUACAACGGCAAUUGCCCGGGGCCACUCCAAGUAACAAUAGAUCAGGUGUGGGGAAGUCCGAAACUGGAGUUAGCGAGAAUCGGAACACCGCGCCAAAACAAAGAGCGGAGUUCACUCCACCAUUUCCAUCUAUGCGUAGUCGUACAAUCACACCCGCUCAGACACCUGCGCUGAGUUGGGCACGCGCACAACAGCUCACGCAGCCGCAUACACAGGCUCUCACAAAGUCACACGUACAAACGCACACACACCGACAUGUACAGAUACAGACCCCUGUCCGUAGACGUGAGGAGGGUUAUAGCAACUUGAAGCAACAGGUGAACACACAGUCAUCGGAAAACACCCCAAUACAAUGGAUUGGGCAGCGAACACCUAUGGGUACACAGACACCAGCCAGUAUGCAGAGUCUCACACAGAGGCAUGUACAAGCACAGACGCCUAUGUACUCUAAGCCGUGGGUGAAGGGGUUAUCUCCGGAUACAGAUGACCAUGAAAACAGUACAAUGUCAUUGCGUACCCAAGCUACGAACGUACAGCACAUGCAUGAACAUCCUACACAGUAUACACAACACGCACCGACACAACACACUCAUACCCGACACACCCACCCACCCCCGCCAGUGUACCAGGUGCAGCACGGAACAAAACGCAGUAUAGGCGAUACUCAACGGCUAGAUGAUAUAGGGAGUGUGGGUGCAAGUGGGAAUUAUGGGACCGAGUUGGAUCAUAGAAUUUUAGAUGGACAUACUCGCAAGCGAUCUAAAGUUGAUCACAGUGAGCAAGUGAGUGAUCCACACACGAUGGCGGAGCAUGGGUUAAAUUUAGAAACAACCAGCAAUCUGCUGGAAGAACACCGUGGCUAUCACGGUAUGGAUGGGGUUGUAGAGACACUUAGUAAGCAACAGCAGCCGCAAAUUCAGCAACAUAUACACCUAGGGGAGCAGCCAGUGCCGUAUGAAAAACAGCAUACAGUAUCAAGAGAGACACAGCAAGAGCGUCAACGAGCACUUUCACAGCAGGGACAGUCAAAUUCAAACCAGCAAGAGUCACGCUUGGAGCAGCACAACUUAGAAGGCAGGCCACAACCGCUCCCGUCAGGACAUCGACAAGAACAGAAGGGAAAAGAUGGUGAACAAUUGCGGCAACAGAAUUUAGAUGUGCAGCAUCAAUCACAGAUAGGCAUGCAGCACCAACAAAAAUGUAGUAGUAGUAUGCUUCCACAAUCAAAACAUAAUAGUAUGAAGCACCAACAAACCAAUCACAGUAUUCAGAACCAACAAAACAAUUAUUGUAUGCCUCACCAACAAUCGCGACAGCCAUAUGAGCAGCAACACCAGCAGCAACAACGACAACAACAAACACGUGCAAAUCCAGAGCACCAAGAAAUGAGUACACUUCAACUUAAUCACCAAGCACAGUUGCAGCGAGCAAAGAAGCAACGAGAGAAAGAGGCGCGACUGCAGCUUCAACGACAGCGUAAAAUAGAACAACAGCGAUACAAUCUGGCUUCAAUGGCCCAACAAAACGCCCCUGAGAAUUUGGCAUCUACAGCUACUGUGGAAAAUAGCACGAGACCUAGUAAGUCACUCAACCCGAGCAAAGACAGCGCUCGUGAUGCAACUCGAUCGGCUGCGGCUACAUCCACUGGUAUGGAUAGGGCUGGGGCCACGCAUGCAAAUGUGGCGAUAGAAACUCGUAGUGGUCACCCAAGGAUUGCAGAAUUCGAUAAAAAGGAAGCAUCUAUGUCAACUAUUGUUCACAACAACGCCAAUUCGAGUUCAGGAGUUGUUGUUAAAGAAUCGGGCGGCACACUUAAUGAUGCGCAGAAAACUCAGGAGAGUGGGGCGAAGCGGGUUGCUACUGCCAAUGCAACAGCUGUAGUUGCCAAGCAACACGUCGAGAAGAAACCCUCUUCUGGAUCAGAAGCGGUGAUGCGAGUGGUCAUGGUGGUGCAGGUGAUGACGUCUGACGCGUCGUUUCGCGAAUUUGAACGUACUUGGCGCAGCAAGUCCAAGUUCUGUAUUUGGUAA